AUGGCUAAGGUGAAAUACUCCAAGUCAAAAACGACUGCCAAGAAGUUGCAAUCUACCUUUACAAAUACAACCACAGCUGCGGCGACUCCCCCCAACUGGCCGCCCUUCAAGCCAGCUCUACCCAUUGCUGCACUAGAUCUCCAGCCGCCAGUCCCAGGCUACGCUGAUAAGAUACUCGUCGCUCAUAACUUCUUCCCCAAAUCACUCUGCAGGGACUACGUAACUUUUCUCAACACCCUUCCUCUGAUCACCACACCGGGUCGUCCUAAGCGAGGAGAGGCUGUUCGAGUGAACGACCGCUAUCAAAUCGACGAUGCCCGCUUUGCACAACGCCUGUGGCUCGAAACAGGGCUCAAGGGACUCGUAUUGGAUGAUUCCGUCAAGCACCUCUGGGGCGGUGAACCGGUUGGGCUGAACCCAAGCAUUCGUAUAUAUCGGUACACCAAAGGUCAAUACUUUGAUGCCCAUUACGAUGACUACAACCUGGUCACUUUGCCGUCUACGACCGAGCCUUCGGGUACAAACACCAGGACGGUGUGGACCAUUUUGCUGUAUCUAACCUCAGCCGCUGAAGGCUGCAUAGGUGGAGAAACAGUGUUUUACCCCCAUGAUCGAAAGGUAGCCAAGGAGGAAAUCGCAGUUGGUCUAGAAACCGGGAUGCUACUCCUCCACAAACAUGGUGAAGACUGUUUAUUGCAUGAGGGUCGCGAGGUAUUGGAUGGUGAAAAAUGGGUACUUCGCACGGAUCUGUGCGUGAGGAGGUAG